GAAAUUAUACAGGACAUUUCGACUUUAAUAUUUUAAUAUUGGGAAUUUUAAGUUUAUUAUUAUAAGCAAAGAAAAAUGAUAACAUGCAAUUUUAUAGUCGAUUAUUAGAUUCAAAUCCGCUAGUAUUCUUGUUGAUAGUUGGUCUUUUUGCUUCAACCACAUUAAUUGUGCCUUUUUUUAUUAAAGACAUUCCAGAUUUUGCAGACCCUGUGCUGGGUUUUGAAGCUCGAGGAACUGAAAUCUCUAAUCGAAUUACAACAUGGCAAAAUUUGUUAGAUGCAACAGGCCCAUCUGGUUUGCUUACCGUCAAUCCAAGAGAAUUAUUGAAAUCUCAAAAAAAGUUAAAGAAAAAUAACAAAUACAAUAAGCAUAAAAACAAAAAAAAGGAAUACAAAUCUAAACAUAUAAGAGAUUUAUAUCAAAAACAAGAUAGUAACGGAAGUAAAUUCGAUGUUUUCUCAAAUACGGAGGAUAUAACCAAGAUUCAUUAUGAUGAAUUUUUUUGUGGCUAUCCAAGGCCAGAUUAUGCUCAUUUUGUGAUAUCACAAUCUGAUCCAGAAGAAUCAUUGUUUUCAUUGCAUUCAUUACUUAAUAUGUGUGAACUCCAACAAAAUUUAAUUUCUUCUACAAAUUAUAAUGAAUUUUGUAUGACUAAUAAAAAUAGACAAUGUUGCUCCGCUUGGUCUUUGCCAAAUUAUGUGGCUGUGAUUGGAGGACAUCACAAUUGCUCCCAAAUUACGGAAGCUGAUGUUAAUGAAACAAUCAAUCUACUUCAAGAAUGUUCUUACUAUUACCAUAACUUUCAUUUACAAUCUGAUUGUUUUGAUACUAUUUUAUGCCCUACGGUCCCCAAUAGAUGUAAGCAAUACAAUAUACCAUACAACAUUUUACAUUAUUUGACUGAGAACAACUUCCUUGCUGUUAAUGAUUUUAAUAUUACCAUUCUGCAUAAUACUAUGAUAUUUUUACCAAUUAGAAGCAUAUCGGAUUCUUUGUCUUUUUAUGACACUUUACCUAAAAUAAAUGUUGAUGGUAUUUAUAUAUCAGCAAUGGACUUAGGAAUAAAAUAUGCUUUAUUUGAAGAAACUCUUUUGAAAGAUACUUGGUUAAUAGGAUUGGGUGCUUUGUCUGUACUUACAUGCACUUUAUUAUAUACUGGAUCUUUAUUUUUGACUUGCAUGACUUUGAGUGCGAUGUUAUUUUCUCUUGGACUAUCUUACUUUUUAUACACGAUUAUUUUUAAUAUAAGCUUUUUUCCAUUUAUGAAUCUACUAGCUGUUGUCAUAGCUGUAGGUAUUGGUGCAGACGAUGGAUUUAUUUUGAUAAAAGUUUGGAACAUUGAAAAGAUAAAAUUUGAACAGAAUUUAGCUGCUUUUAAUAGUAAUGACCAAACUGAUAACUCACCAAAUAUGAAUAAAACAAAGAGAUUUUCAAUACUCAUUGAUAAAGUUUUAAGCAAAGCUUCACCAUGUAUGUUUGUGACUUCAUUGACGACAGGUGCUGCUUUGUAUUCGUUAUUUUUCAGUAAUAUUACUGCAGUAAAAUGUUUUGGUAUAUUCAGUGGAACAGCAGUAUUGGCAAAUUAUUUUAUAAUGAUGACCUGGAUGCCUGCCGCUAUGUUAUUUUAUGAGAAAGUUGAUUGCCAAUAUAUUAAAUCAAUUAGUUUCAUGAGAUAUUGUGCAGAUUACCAGACAAAAUUGAAUUUUAAACUCUAUAGAUUAGGCAUCUACUUUGAAAAUAUGAUCAUUAAUAUUGUUAUAAAGCUGAGGUACUUUUGGAUCAUAUUUUUGGGUCUUGCUGCCGCUGGAAGUGCUGUAGUUGUUUUAUAUAAACCGCAAUUCAAACUACCCGAUUCACAUGGUUUUCAACUAUUUGACACUACACACCCAUUUGAGCAAUACGAUUUAAUUUAUCGGAAUAAAUUUCGAUUUGAAGAAGCUCUUAAGGGAAGUAAUGUGGAGACAUUCAUGCCUUUACGAUUUGUUUGGGGAGUUUUACCAGAAGAUAAUGGCAAUUAUUUAAACCCAAAAUCGAAAGGAACUUUGAAGUUUGAUGAAACUUUUAAUAUAUCAAACUCAGAAUCACAGCAAUGGCUUCUGGAUUUUUGUCAGAACUUACGAGGACAAGACUUUUAUCAAAGCACAGAAGGUCCAUUACUUUCUAAUUGCUUUAUUGAAAGUUUUAUAAAUUGGAUGAAAAGAAGGUGUUCAGAUGUAUUUACUGGAGUUGAUCACACUCCUUGUUGUGAAACAUCAACAUUUCCUUACCCUAGUGUGAUUUUUGAUCAUUGCCUAAUAGAAGCAAUUGGAGAUAUUUAUGAAACGCCGAUAGAUUUCUUUCGACCUGGGGCAGCAGGUCCAAAAUUUUCUUUGCGUCAAGAAUAUUCGAAUCAUAACAAUAGCUUAUAUACAGAAACUGUUACAAAAGCACUAGUAGUUGAGUAUAACAGUAAUGUUAUGUUUACUUUGUCACAUGAGGCAAUGCGAGAAUUUUAUUUAAAGAUAAACGAAUGGACCAAAAUUCAAAUGUAUUCAGCUCCAGAAACUAUGAAGGGAUGGUUUAUUUCCGAGUUGGAUUUUUAUGAUUUGCAAGAGACUUUAUCGACAGGUACUUACAUAGCAAUUGGAUUAUCAAUGGUUAUUGCAUUUCUUGUAUUAUUCCUGGUCACCUUAAACUUGGUUCUAAGUCUUUAUGCAAUAUUAACUGUUACCUGUGUAAUAUUCAUUACGGUGGCAGCAUUGAUAUUUUGUGGAUGGAAACUUAAUAUCCUAGAAAGUGUAACGGUGUCCACUGCUAUUGGAUUAGCAGUUGAUUUUAGUUUGCAUUACAGUUUACAUUAUAGAUUAGCUCCACAUUGUUCUGAUACAAACUAUAAAGAGGAUAGUACGAAAUAUUCAUUAAAGAGAAUGUGCGGUCCAACAACAAUGGCUAUGUUAACAACAUUACUAGUAGGAGCAAUUAUGUUGCCUUCACGGGUUCUUGCCUAUAUACAGAUUGGACUUUUUCUUAUUAUAAUAAUGAUUGUAAGUUGGAUUUAUUCCACAUUUUUUCUUGGAUCAAUAUUGUAUACUAUAGGACCACAUUAUGAUUCUUGUCAAUUUAAUUAUUCAAAUAUCUGGUCAAAUCAUUUCAUGGAACGAAUAUCAAACUUUCCUUAAAACAAUAUUUCUGCAAGUACUGCUGUUUUGCAAGACAAAAUUUUCAAUUGAAUUCCAACAACAGUUCUUCUAGUGAUGAGGAAGAUAAUGAAUUAUGAAACUUUGCAUUAACCAAACACACAAUUUUUGUUUGCUUACUGUCA